AUGGAUCCUAUCGAAGUUGAUAUAUCAAAGUUAACUUUAAAAGAUGAAAAAAAGAGUAAUGUUUAUUUGGAAAAUUCCAACAAUUAUUUAUUACCUCAAUAUAAAGAUAUAACAACUUUCUUAGAUGAAAUCAUGGAUCCUAAGAUGGACAGUGGAAUGAUCCUUGAAAGUGAUCUCAAGAAAAAAAAUUUUAAUCUACAAGCUAGAUUAAAACCUGAACAAGUUCUUGGAAUAAUUAAUAAUUUAUUUAUAUGCGAGAUGACAUGGCAUUCUGGACAUUCUCUUGCUCAAACUAUAUUUACAUGCAUGUACAUACAUCAUAUUAUGGAACUUACUCCAGAUCAUUUGGUGUGGGAAGAAAUGAGCAAAGGAAAUGUUUAUGAUGAGGAAGAUUUUUCUUUAAAUAAAUAUAACAUUACGAUUUAUGAAGAUUUUCCUGAAUCGGAAGUAUUAAAAUUAUUGGGUGAUGCAGAAAAUUGGUUGAGAAAUAACGGUAGCCAAUGGAUACGCAAUAAUGGAAAAAAUGCUCAAAAAGAAAUUGCUAAUUGUAGUAAAUUAUUAAAUGAAAUUAAGAGUGAAGAUACUGCUGAUUUAGAAAUCGAUGUAGAUGAUGCGUUUGAUCCUUUGAUUAAUCGAAAAUUUGUAUCACAAACACCACCACGACCAAUUCAACUUUUAACAUUACAAGAGGCAAUUAUUUUAAAAUCGAAAUUUUCAUUGGAUGAAAUGUUGAAUUUAUUAAAAAACCUUAAUUCAACAUGUCUAAUCAUUGAUUAUAUAUCAGCAACUAGUUUAAUGUCAACAAUUCGUUCGGAAGAACGUGUUUUAGGCAAAAUGCCAAUUUUUCAAUUGGUAAAGGAUUCUAUAACAGAAUUGACAAAUCCACCAUAUGUUUAUUUUGUAUCAAAAAUUGAACUUCUUACUUCAGCUGGUCAUAAUACAAUAUAUUCAGAUGAAGUCAGAAAAAAAAUUUCAAAAUUGGUUCAUGUAUUUGUUGACAGUUCAGAAAAGCCUUUGAUGGAUCUUUGCCAAAUUUUAUGUCAUAAUCGUUCAAGACAACGAAGAAAUAUGUGUAAUGUUUUAACAGAUUGGGAAUUGUUACAAGAAAAGGCAGAACAUAUCGACUUAGAGUUGCAAGGAUUGACUGGUGAAUCGCCAUUAAUAACAAAAGAAGGACCUUCAUUUUCUUUUCACCUUUCUUCUUGGGUUUAUCAUCGGAAACUAACAUUAAUUGAGGACAUUUUAUUUAUUGGCUUUGAAUUAGAAUUAUAUGGAGCACAUGAAUUUCCAAUGAUUUAUUGGUAUAUUGAUUAUUUAUUAGGUGUUCAUUAUCAACAUUUGGACAGAAUUUCUAUUCAUGCAAAUGACCAUCGAAAAUCAAAUCUAAGAAGCAUAUCACUUUCAAAAUCCAUUUCAUCAUUAAUAAUUAAUCAGCAAAUUUUAACAAUGGCUAAACAAGAUUUAUGCCGAGGAAUUUAUAGAGCUAUACCAGCAUUACAGAGAACUGGUCGUAUGACUUCACCGGCACUGGAAUUUGAUGAUGAAGGUGUACGUUUCAUGCAAAGAUUUCGAAUGUACAGGAAUUUGGGAAGUCCAGCAAUAUUCACAUAUAACGAUUAUAAAAAAGUGACAAAUUGGGACCACACACUGGAUCUUUUGAAUGCAUCCUUGCAAAAUUUUCAAUCUGCUAAAAUAACUUUGGCCAAGUUAAAAAAUUUAAAUGUAUCCGAGUGUAGAAUGGAAUUCGAGUAUAAAAUCGAACUUGAAAAUAAUAAUUCAACAAAUGAAAUCAAUUUAGAGACACCGUUAAAAUCAACAACAGCAGUAAUAACAACAACCAAUACAACCAAGCGAAAGAAAAAUAAAAAGAAAGGUAAACAUAAAAAACAACAACCUUCAUUAAGUGAAACAAUAUCAACAACGGCAUCAUCAUCAUCAUCAUCCUCAAUGGCAACAUCGUCAUCGUCAUCUUCAUCAUCUACAUCUACAUCUACUACAAUUCAGUCACAAAAUAGUCCUGAAAAUACUUUAGUUAAUAAACCAGUGAAUUUGGAGUUUAUUUAUCAUCCAUGGUAUCCCGUUAUUCAAUUAAAACAAUGA